AUGGAGGCCGUGUCGCGGGAGAACACCCCGCGUUACAUCGAGGUUGAAGGUCAUGAGUCUGGCAAUGGCCCACAGCACGAGGGGCCCUUCCGAGGUGAUGAGCGGGGCCCUUCUGGGGACCCUGGGGCUUCUGGAGGCGGCUUUCUCUUUGCUGGACCCUCAGAGAUGGGGGAGAGUACUGUGCAGCAGCCCUCUCAGGCGACUGGCGCAGCCCACGAAGCAGGAGGUCCCUCAAAGGACUCUCUUUAUUUGCACGAAGAUCAGCAGGCUGAGAACCCUUUAGAAUCUCAGCAGCCGGUUUCUGCUAAUCUAGAGCCUUUAAAUGAAGAGCCCAGGGGACAGGAGGGCACUUCUUCCUCCGCGGUGUCUGCAGGGGCCCCCCCUCAAGGCCAAGCGACGGAGCCGCAUUUUCAGGGCAGCAGCGAGAGACAAGAGCCUGUGAGGCCUGUCAGCGAGUCUGCUGCAGUAGCGACUACAGCAGCAGCUCGCAAUACACUGAAGCGCGCAACAACUUCGAUGAGGGAGGGAGUGAAGUCAGCCUCAGCACAGGUGGUGCAUGCAGGCGAAAAGGUUGGGGCUGUUUGGAAUAAGACCUUAGACAGUGCAAUGUGGGUGUGUGCUGCAUGUGGGGCCCUAGCCAUAUUGUUAAUAGCGCUGUCUCUAGCUCUUCGAACUUGGAGGCAUCAACACCUUCCCUACACUGACGGCAACGGGGAGAACAUCGCUCGUGUAGAGCUGGGGCUUAGGUCCCUGCAGCGCAUUCAAACUCUGCAUAGAAAAGAUAGUGCAGGCACAAUCAUUAUCUAUGACCCUCCCCUUCUCUAUCAAGACGCCAUAGAAAGCGCCUACUGCGUCCCAGAUGAAGACGGCAACAGAGGCCGCAUAGAGGAGCCCCCUCAAGAAACUGCAGCAAACAAACCUAAUGAAGACAGCAGCAACGCACAAGAAGAAAAUGAACAAAGCGAAACGCCACCACCAACAGAGGAACGGCCACAAGAAGAAGAACCCGAACUGUCUGGGCAGGUAGAGCCAACUCUGCCGGAGCAGCUGCAGCAACAGCUACAGCAGCAACUGGAGCAGCUGCAAGAAGACGACCGCGGUGUGGGUUCAGCAGCAGGAGAAGCAGCAACAGGCCUCGCAUCAGCAGAAGAUGCACCAGCAACAGCAGUAGGAGGAGGCUCUUCGUUCCUCUCUCGUCGCCUUCAGGCUUCUUCUUCACUGAGCCCCGCAAAGAGAAGGGGCCCCCUAGCAAACCCUCCCCCUUUCAGCGUGACUCUUGGAAGAAACCCGGGGGCCCCCGGGUCACUGACACAGCGAUAUGCGGAGAUGCGAGAGGAUUUGCUGGGGCCCACUUUGUUUGAUUUACACUGCAAGGACUUAGAGAGAUUUAAGAAGAGCGGGGCUUUAUUCGGGCGUAUGGCGGUUGCUUAUUUGGUGUUUGCAGGUGUAGGCAUGGCUGCUGCUGCUGCUUCUUUGCUGCUGACGUCUGUAGGCACAGCUUGGGCUCAGCGCAUGCAAGACCUCCCUGUGAAUUUGAUAGGAACGGUGGCCUGGCUGGUGGCUCUGGUGCUGCAGUUAUGCGGGUUGGCGUCUUGGGGUGUAGGGACGGAUGUUGCUGCAUGCGUAACAAGCUCGGGUGGGGCUGCAGUCUGUACGUUAGGGAGUGCUGCUGCUCUCGCAAUUGGCUCUCUCGUCUUAACUCUCAUUGCUACUCUUUCUUAUUGCCUUUUCUUCACUCACAAAUUCAUUAGGGAUCUCGGGCUGGAGAAACAGCGAGAAAACAAACGCGCCGAAAUGCAAGAGGCAGAACAACAACAGAAUCAACCAGAGAUUAAAAAUAUUAAUAAAACACAAACAGAAGAAGAUCUACACCCAGCAUUCCUAGCGCCGCAAACGCAGAGUCUAGGCGGGGGGCCCCAGCCCAAGCAAACUCCUGACAGCUCCUUGGGGGCCCCAGCCAUCGGGGGGCCCCACACCAAUUCUAUGGGGGGCCCCCACCUCGCUGUUCUGGGCGAAAGUGAAACUCCUAUAAGGUCUAUUACUGAAGGCUCUCAGGCACUCCGACACUAG